AUGUCUCAACAAAGCUCCGAAACUGAACUUGACAUUCCAUCGGAUAUUAUCAAACUGAUUUGCAGCGAAUAUUUAGCCCCUCUUCCCACCUUGUUCUUGUAUCAGCGUGUUUGUAAAUCAUGGCAACAAAGUCUGAUCACAGUACUGGAGGAACAAGGCUCAUCCUUGUUCCGUCAUAUUCAUUUCGGAAUUAAUAAGCUCACUCCUUUACUCGCAAUUGUGAAGGAAGAUAUUGCUACUACACACGAAGAAGAGAAGCACAAAGAAUCGUCCAAGAAAAAGAAAUCGAAAAAGAAAUCUGGUACGAACGUUGAUCUCAUUACUGGUAACGAUGAUGAAGAAGACGAGAAGAAAGAAACAGUUUCUGUACCUCAAAGGGACAGUGAUGUAUUUAUUCUCGAUGCCUACCUCAAAAUUGAAAUCAAAAAGAACUCACACACAUACUUUCACUCAUUCUUGGACAGUCUUAACAAAUUUGGAAUUGGUAAACAUGUAGAGAAAAUAACUCUUCCUUCGAUUAGAAUAAGCAACGAAUUAAUAUAUUUGUUGUGCAAAUAUUUUUUUAAUUUACAACAAAUUGUCUUUGCUUUAUGCGAACCAGCUUCACACGUGGGAAAGAGGGGAUGGGAGAAUAUUGAAUGGCAAAAAAUUGGACUAGAACUAUCCAAAGACAGAUUAGCAGAAACUGGCGAUCAAAUAGCUCCGUAUGCUCCUUAUUCGAUCAAAAGGAUAACUUUCAUUACUCAUGAAAGUAUUGAAGACUACGAUUAUGAAACUAUUAUGUGCUACCUAUUAGACACCUUCAUUAAGAAUGAAAGGGAAGAUUUCUAUGAUAUUAAGGAGUCUCGCAUAGACUGGUUACAUUUUAUUGAUCUAUUUGAAUAUGACGACCCAACUUAUGUGUCCUUGUUAAAAAGUAAUUCCAUAGAGAAGGAAAUACCAAUAGAAUAUCACAUUCAAAGAUUUUUAAUUGACAUGUCUCCAUGGGAUGAUGUUGAUGAUGAGGAAUUUGAUGAAACCUAUAUUCAUCCAAUGGUUAAUAUUUUAACCGAGAAUUGGAAAGGUGACAUUGAACAUUUUUAUAAGAAUAACGUACUGUCUAUUCAUCAGGUACUUUCACCUCGUUUAGGAUAUAAUAUUGGACAUGCCUUAGCUACCUCUUUGUGGACAAAUUUGAAUGAAAACAUUAAUCAAAAAAGAAUAACUGCAGAGAAUGUUACGAAAUGGAGAAAUAGCCAAAAAGUGAAAGACGUAUUGGAAGGACUGAAGUAUUUAAUUAGUAGAGGAUUGGAUGUUGUAAGAAAACAAGACAAAUUCAAAGGUCUUACCAUUAUUGAAAUGAUACGCUUGUCCGAUGAGCUUGUGAAAAAGCAAGGAUGGAGUAUUUGUCCAGCACUACUAGAUGAGGUAAAGGAUAUGAUAAGAUUACACUCAUUUUCGAAUGAAAUUAGUGAUGUUGACCUUCAUAUUGACAAGCAAGCCACAAAGAAAAAAAGAAAAAAGAAAGAGGAAGAAUAUGAGUUUGAAGCAGAUAGCGACGACGAGGAGCCAUACGAAGAAGAGGAAGAGGAAGAUUAUUCUCCAAAGAAAAAGAAAACCAAAAAGGCUUACAACACUCGAAAAACAUCCUCAACAAAAACAAAAUAUUUUUAA